AGUGUAAAGUGGCUGUGCGAAUGUCCAAUGCAAAGUGACUAGUGCCAUUGCAGUUUUCAAUUUUUCUUUUGCCAAACAAGACUGAGCAUAAUAAUAGUAAUGAUAAUGCUUUAAUUAAUUAAUCUGUAACACAGUGAAUACAUCGUUUCCAUUUAUUCAUUUAUUUUUAUAUCUUCUUUUCUUCUUCUUCUUUCUGCUGCAGAUGUGGGUGCAAAUUCUGACGCUUGUUAACAUUUAAGUUGACGUAAAAAAAAAAAAAAAAAAAAAAAAAGGAUUUGUCAUGAUUUUGGUAAGUAUAGCUAUACAUUUACUGAAACCAUUUGACUUGUUUUAUUAAUUGUUAAUAAAUGAAGUAAAUAACUCAACGCUCAAUCGAUUGGUUUAGAAAAAACAAAACGCACUUCUUUUAUAACAUGUUUUGUGCUGGUUGAGUAUAAUGAAAGCAAACACUAUACAGGGUUAGUGAGCUACAGUGCGUAAUUAGCAUUUCGCUUUGCAAUUAAUAUAGGGUUAUGUCAUACGCAAUUACCAUUUUGAUUCAUGUGUCCACGGCACCAUCUGGUGGUGAUAUUAGUUAUCAUUCUUUCUUAUAUUAGUGAACCAAAUACACCACAGAGAUCUACCAUGUUCAAUUAAUUUAUACAAAAUUAAUAGUAGAUACACAGUGCGGCUCAAAGCGCGCUUCCAUAUAGAGAAUACUAGAUUCAACUGAUCAAUGUUAAAAUAAAUACUGAUUCUUAACAACCUGACUUGACUCACUUGCGAGCCCAGCAACAGAAUGCGACUAAAGCAGGAAUUGUUUAAAAUGUAUUGACCAAGCAUUGCGAAACGCCUGCGUUUCUACCUUUCGGCGAUUUUUAGCGCCGUCGUCUGCGAAGCGCGUCUGCAGAUCUGCGUGUGACGCAGGCGGCCGGCAGCCAAUGGCGUGGCACGCAAACGCAGCAGAGUUGCGCAGUUACAUCGCGAGGAGCGCAGCCAUUACACUUGAUCUUAAAUCUUUUAGAAACCGUCGCUCGGGUCGCAGUCGCCUGUCAGUUUCCUCUGCGAAUUCCGCGCUGGUGCUGCGAAGUUAGCUCAGAGUCUGAGCCGGGUUUUUGGCGCUCUCUGUCCGGGAAAGUUGUGAAACUUUACAAACCGCCUUACUUCACAAGGUGUAGCGCGUCUGCUAGUGUCGGCGUUUCUCAGUUCUCGUCUCACGCGCGCUUUGAUGCCGCGCGAUGAUGGGCACACCUCUGAAAAACGAGCCGUCUGCGGCUGGUUGCGUGCCGUUGUGUGGUGACCUCACGUCUACCGGCGACUCGACUGCACGAGCAUCUUCACAGAAGGGCGAGCAGAUCGAGGCCCCGACUCCCGUUUUACUCUAUCCCAUCAGCGUUAACAGUGCUUUAUCAUCUUCACCGAUUUUUAACAGCAGAGACAACAAAGUCCCUCACGGUGGUCGGGGGACGGAGGCGGUUUCCACAUCUUCUGAGUUCACCCAUGGCGCCAUCGUGCACCUCAUCGAAGCGAUGCAGAGGUGCUGGGACGUUUACAGCUCACGCGAGCGCUCGCUGCUUUUCCAGAGCGUUCAGAAAGAGCUGGAAAGCCACGGCCACUCCUUACCUGUGGAGAAGAUUCGCCGCAAAUGGAAUAACCUCAUUGUUACGUACAAGAGAGUUAAAGAUCGCAGCUCGUUGUGUGGAGGCCAAACAAAAACCUCAUGGGAGUACUUUGAAAUGAUGGAUAACAUAUUAGGAAAGACUAAAUUUGCUCAGAGAGGCCCUGCUUCAGCCACUCUUGUUGGCUUUGCAACCACAGCCAAAGCAGGUGUCAGAUCAGAGGAUCAUGCGUCUAACGGCAUGCCGGUGGCUGCAAUGGCCGCCUCGUGUCUCCUUCCCACUGGAAUCAUCACAACGUCUUCCCAGAUCCCCACGCUGGUGACGUCCCCAGUGUUGUGCAAAGUCACUCCCAAAUUAAACCCCAGCCCCUCUUGCGGUGCGUCAGACACAUCUCUACCUUCCCUUUCACCCAAGCCGGUGCCGCUGGUGAACCGUCAGCCGUUGAAGCGGAGGUUGCGCCAUCUUCGGCUCAACUCCAUGGCCUCCCGUGUAGCCCAGCAGCAGGGGCAAGCCGAGGAACGCACGACACUUCUUCGCAGUUUCCUCACCGCUCAAGAAGAGCGGAUACGUCUGGACGAGCAACACCAGCGCAAAGCAGAUGCACGCGAGCGACGCAAGGAAAAAUCAGCACAAGCCAUGACUGAUGCGAUGGGGAGGAUGGCAACGGCACUUGAGUUGAUCUCAUCCAAGCAGGACACCAUUAUCGCUUUACUUCAGAGACUGGCCGAUAAGCACUAACAUUGCUUUUGUAUAAAAAUGAAUUUAAUUCAAACAUGUAUCCUGUUGUUCAUGCUAUAAGCAAUUGAUUUGGGAAACUGUUUUCAGCUUGAAAGAUAAAAAAAAAGCAAGGACUCGUUAACUUAUUAACAAUACAGAGCCUGUAAAGACUGUUUGGCGACAUUGUUUCACAAGUGGUUUUAUUUGGCUAUUUUGCCAAUUAAUAACAGUAUUGUUUUAUUGUCAAAAGUUUAGUCUGUGCAAACCGUACUGCAGUUAUUAAAGUGAUAAAAAAAAACUCUUCUUUUCGGAGAUGUGCAGUUUUAAAACUAAAAAUAAGAAUACAUUUGUUUUAAUUAUUGCUGCCCACAAGUGAACACUAGCAUAAAAAAAACGCACACACACAAUGCUCUUAUUCAGCAAUAUGCGUCUUUAGCAGUUCAUAGGCCCCCAGCAGGAUAUACAUGUUAGAUCAUUUUUUUAGAUAAACUGU